CAUUAUCUUUUCUGUCAUGGCGAACAUUGCUGUUGUACUGCAUGGGCCGAAUGAUUUGCGAGUCGAAUCGAUUCCUGUGCCUGAAAUUAAAGACAAUGAGGUCCUGCUGUCCAUGUGCUCGGUGGGGAUUUGUGGGUCAGACCUAAAGUACUGGAAGUACGGAAAAUGUGGAAAGUUCAGCCUGGAAAAGCCCAUGAUAAUGGGCCACGAGGGAAGCGGAAAGGUCGUCAAGGUCGGAUCCGGGGUCAAACAUCUAAAAAUAGGGGACCGAGUGGCGAUAGAGCCGGGCGUUUCCUGUGGAGUAUGUCGUCUGUGUAAGACGGGGCGCUAUAAUCUUUGUCCGCGCAUCUUCUUCUGCGCAACGCCGCCGGAUGACGGGAACCUAUGUCGGCUUUACAAGCAUUCCGCACAAUUCUGUUUCCGGUUGCCGGAUCACGUGACUGAUGACGAAGGUGCGAUGCUGGAACCUCUAGCUGUGGCCGUUUACAGUUGUCGUAAAGGCAAAGUCGGGCUGGGAACCAAACUCCUUAUCUGUGGAUCAGGUCCAGUCGGAAUUCUAACACUAAUGGUGGCGAAACAAAACGGUGCCACAACUGUAGUGAUCACAGAUAUCGACGAGACAAGACUGGCCUUAGCAAAGUCUCUUGGGGCUGACUUUACAAUCAGGGUGUCCUCCGAGAAACCCGAACAACUGGCCACAAAUAUAUCGGAAAUCCUCGGUGAUCAUCCUGACGUAACUAUUGAGUGCAGUGGUACUAACUUUGGAUUUUCAACAGGAAUAUACGCAACGCUCCCCGGUGGCUGCCUGGUCAUGGUUGGUAGGGUCCCUGGCGACGCAGAGUUCCCCCUUAAUUUGGCGUUCACGAAAGAGAUAGAUAUCACCGGAGUAUUUAGAUAUGCUAAUUGUUACCCAACUGCCUUAGAACUUGUCUCAAAGGGCGUGGUGGAUGUUAAGCCCCUAAUAUCCCACCGUUUCUCUCUGCCUGAUUCUGUUAAAGCCUUCGAAACCGCUUCAUCACAUGACACCAAAGCAGUUAAAGUUAUUAUUGAAUGUGGCCAGAAUUAGUUUCAAAUUUUCAGUGCGAUAAAAAUAUUUUACAUGGU